AUGAGGUCUGCCAGACUCUCACGGCUGCCAUGCUCAUGGCAGCCUCGAUAUAACCCUAGCUUUCGAGCCGCGUCUGCACCAUGGAGGCCGUCUAAUAGCCGGAGAGGGCUCCAGACAUCAACAGCACAGGCGUCGGAUAUCGCAUUUGCAUUCGACAUCGACGGCGUUCUCCUCCGUUCGUCCAAGCCGAUCCCCGGCGCCGCCGACGCUCUUCGUACACUGCAGGACCGCGGGAUACCUUUCAUCCUUCUUACGAACGGCGGCGGAAAGCAUGAGACAGAGAGAGUCGCUGAAAUCGGCCAAAAAUUGCAAAUAGAUUUGGAUCCGAGUGUGAUAAUCCAGAGCCAUUCUCCCUUUGCAGGGCUGGUCCAUGGUGCCUUUGGGCAGGAGGCGUUGGAAAACAAGUGUAUUCUGGUGGCCGGCGGUGACGGCGAUGGCUGUCGUCAGGUAGCAGAGAAAUAUGGAUUUAAGUCUGUUGUGACUCCCGGCGACUUGUUCAAUGCAUACCCUGGUAUUUGGCCCUUUUCCAAAGUAUUCAAGGAUUAUUAUAAAACAUUUGCGCGGCCUCUUCCAAAACCCAUUGACCCAAGCGAUCCAAGCAAUAGUCUCAAGAUUGACGCAAUGUUUGUUUUUAAUGACCCUCGCGACUGGGGGCUUGAUGCUCAGGUUAUAGUAGACAUUCUACUAUCCUCACAGGGCAUCAUCGGGACGAUAUCUGAUAAGAACGGCAAAUCCGACCUGCCGAACCGAGGCUACCAACAAGACGGCCAACCCCCCUUAUAUUUUUCGAACCCAGAUCUAUGGUGGGCUGCAUCAUAUCACCUUCCAAGACUUGGCCAAGGGGGAUUCCGCGAGGCAUUGGAAGGAAUAUGGGCCGCUGUAACUGGAGGACCGGCCCAAGAUGUUGAGCUUAUCAAAACCGUGGUUGGAAAACCGUACACACUGACUUACAGGUUCGCAGAAAACCAAUUACUGCGAAAUAGGGCUAGAAUCUUGAACUCCAGCAGCCUGCCUCCGGUUAGAAAAGUCUUCAUGGUUGGCGAUAAUCCAGAAUCAGAUAUUCGCGGAGCGAACUCUUAUAAGAGUGAGCAUGGGAGCGAUUGGCACUCUAUUCUUGUGCGGACUGGUGUCUACAAUGGGGGACAACCCUCCUGUCCUCCUAAGACUAUUGUGGAUGACUCAACGCAGGCCAUUCUUUCCGUCUCAAUUCGACGCAGGUGCUACCCAGUCAACAUGGCCGACUCAACCCUCCCUCACCGUCCAAAGCCUGAGGAGACCCCCGAAGCCGCCCCUGCAGUUGAAGGCGGUGCAGCUCCCCCUAGCAAAAACGCGCUGAAAAAGGCCGCCAAAGACAAGGCCAAGGCCGAGAAGGCUGCGGCGCGGGCUGCUCAGGAACAAGCCCAGAAAGCCGUCCAGGCCGUAGAUACUGCUGUUGGGCUGUACGGGAAGUUGCCUGAAACCGAAGAUAUUGUUUCGGUUCUCGACUUUUCGAAAUUGGGCGAGGAAUACUAUGAGAAGGAUGUCACCGUUGUGGCGCGUAGCGCAAAACUCGGGUUUCUUACGCUCAGACAGAAGGGAAAGAAGCUGCAGACAGUGGUUGCGGCUCCACAAGAAGGUCCAGUUUCAAGACAGAUGGUCAAGUGGAUUGCUUCUCUGAAUGUCAAUUCGAUCGUACAAGUCACUGGGGUUGCGAAAAAACCCGCCGUGCCAAUCGCAUCUGCGACAUUAACUGAGUUGGAAUUACACAUUAAGAAAAUAUAUCUGAUUGCUGAAGCCGCGCAAGUGUUGCCUAUGCAGGUCAAGGAUGCCGAAAGGCCUCCACCUCUCAGCGAUAUCGUUGAGGGCGAAUCCCAAGUCGACGCUGAAGGUGCUCCUAUUGUCACACUAAAGACCCGCUUGGACAACCGUGUUCUCGAUCUUCAAACCGAGACUAGUCAAGCCAUCACAUGGAUAUCUAGCGGAGUUGCAGAGUUAUUCACAGAGUAUAUGCUUAAGAGUGGUGCACGCUGGAUCUUCUCAUCGAAGUUGAAUGGGUCAUCGACAGAAGGCGGCAGUGAAGUUUUCGAAGUGAAAUAUUUCAAGAGGAUGGCUUACCUAGCCCAGAGCCCACAACUUCACAAGCAAAUUUGCAUUGCAGGCGACAUGGAAAGUGUCUUCGAAGUUGGCCCUGUUUUUCGUGCCGAAGAGAGUAAUACCCACCGUCACUUGACAGAAUUUACCGGCCUGGAUUUUGAAAAGACCUUCCAAAACCAUUACCAUGAAGUUCUUGAAUUUGCUGAGGAUCUGCUUGUGUUCAUUCUCACACAGCUCCAGGAGCGCUACAAGGAGCAGAUCGCCGUGAUUCAAAAGUCAUACCCCAAAGCAGGCGACUUCAAGCUUCCUAAAGAUGGAAAGGCCCUCCGAUUGAACUAUAUGGAUGGCGUGGCGUUGCUGAAGGAAGCUGGUGUCGACACCUCUGAGCAGGAGCGAUUUGAGAAUGAUUUCAGCACUGCUAUGGAGAAGCAGUUAGGUCAAAUUAUUCGUGAGAAGUAUGACACCGACUUCUACGUUCUUGACAAAUUUCCCAUGGCAGUUCGACCAUUCUAUACAAAGGCAGAUCCCAAGGAUCCCACGUUCUCAAACUCGUACGACUUCUUUAUGCGUGGUGAGGAAAUCAUGUCUGGAGCUCAGCGCAUUCACGAGGUCAAGGAGCUAGAAGAGAGCAUGGCUGCUAAAGGUCUUGACCCCACUGCAGAGGGCUUUGAAGACUAUCUCAGUGCUUUCCGACAAGGAUGUCCUCCGCACGCUGGCGGUGGUCUAGGUCUGAACCGUAUCGUCAUGUUCUUCCUGGGUCUGCCGAAUAUUCGGUUGGCAACUCUGUUCCCUCGUGACCCUCAGCGUUUGAGGCCAUAA